AUGGAUGGUAGCAUGGACGCUCAAAGCUCAAAAGUACAAUCUCAGUCCCAAGAUCCAUUUACAAGUCUACCCUUGCUGCCUAUGAUGGCAACAGCAACCCCUCCUGAAAGUAUUGAAGUGCAAGUAGACAUGGAAAGUCCAAGACGAGAAAAUAUUACCAUCCAUGGAAGAAGAAGAUUUUUAGGAGUUAGACAAAGGCCUUCGGGAAGAUGGGUAGCUGAAAUCAAGGAUUCAUCUCAGAAGCUGAGGCUUUGGCUGGGGACUUUUGACAGAGCUGAAGAAGCAGCCUUGGCUUAUGACAAUGCAUCUAGACUUCUAAGGGGAAGAAAUGCUAAGACAAACUUUACAUACAAUGGAACCAUGGAUACUCGCGAAGAAAAUCUUAGUUUGCUGGGAAAGAAUCCAAGGCUUUAUCAGCUUCUUAAACAUGCCAUCACGAAGAACCUGGCGAAAUCCUCAGCUCUCGAUUCUUCAAAAUCUACGCGGAAUUUUACUGAUCAGAGAUUCUGUGAAGGAGAAAGCAGUCCUGUUGAUCAUGUUGUAACAACAGUUGAAGACAAUAUAAUUGGAAAUGAAGAUCAUGAUCAGUCUCAAGAAAAACGUGGGCUCCGCGGGAUCUCACUUGGCAGCUCAAAGGUGUAUUCUUCUGUUAUUGUGGCUCCUUCUUUCAGCGCUUCUUUAAGUCAAGGAAGAGAAGAACCAGAGAACAAUUCUCAGGGGACUCUGUUUAAUUCACUGUUUUAUCAGACAAAUGUAAUGUCCCACCACAAACUAGUAUAA